AUGGAAUUAUUGCCGCAGCUGGUUAUUGGCCAGGUCCUGCGCAUCUCGGGCUAUGGCAUCGCAUUGGUGCUGACUUCGGUCGUGCUCAAUGUCAUCAACCAGCUGUUCUUCUACAGCAAGAAUGAGCCGCCUGUUGUGUUCCAUUGGUUUCCGAUCUUGGGGAGUACGAUCAGUUAUGGCAUGGAUCCGUAUCAUUUCUUUUUGUCGUGUCGACGGAAGCACGGCGACAUCUUCACGUUCGUUCUCUUGGGAAAGAAGACUACUGUCUAUCUUGGGACGGAUGGAAAUGAAUUUAUCCUCAAUGGAAAGCUGAAGGAUGUCAAUGCGGAGGAGGUCUAUGGCAAGCUCACUACGCCUGUCUUCGGGUCCGACGUCGUGUACGACUGCCCAAACUCCAAGCUCAUCGAACAGAAGAAGUUCGUCAAAUUCGGCCUCAGCCAAGAUGCCCUAGAAUCAUACGUCCCUCUGAUCGAGGAAGAAGUCCAGCAAUACAUCAAAACAUCCGGACAUUUCAAAGGUCAAUCCGGUACCAUUGACCUCGGUGCCGUCAUGGCAGAAAUCACCAUCUUCACAGCCAGUCGAACUCUCCAAGGAGACGAAGUCCGCGCAAAACUCACCUCCGAAUUCGCCGACCUCUACCACGACCUCGACCUCGGCUUCUCACCUAUAAACUUCAUGCUCCCCUGGGCACCACUCCCACACAAUCGUAAACGGGAUGUCGCUCACGCACGCAUGCGCGAGAUCUAUCUCGAAAUUAUCCGUGAAAGGCGUCAGGCUGGCACGUCUGAAGAAUCUCAUACGAAGGAUAUGAUUUGGAACCUCAUGCGCUGCGUGUACAAAGAUGGAACACCGAUUCCAGAUAAGGAAAUCGCCCAUAUGAUGAUCACCCUUCUCAUGGCUGGCCAACACUCCUCGUCCGCGAUCAGCUGCUGGAUCAUGCUCCGUCUCGCCUCGGAGCCCGAAAUGACAGAAAAACUAUACAAAGAGCAAACCAAUGCCCUAGGCUCUGACCUCCCCCCUCUGCAAUACAGCGAUCUCGAAAAACUCCCACUCCUCCAAAACGUCAUCAAAGAAACCCUCCGGAUCCACUCCUCCAUCCACACCCUCAUGCGCAAAGUCAAAAACCCCAUGCCAAUCCCCGGAACAAACUACGUGAUUCCAACAUCGCACAAUCUCCUCUCAUCACCGGGUGUAACAGCCCGCGACGAACGAUACUUCCGUAACCCGAUGACCUGGGAUCCGCACCGGUGGGAGAACCGCGUCGAAGUCGAGGAUGAAUCUGAUACGGUUGAUUACGGGUAUGGUGCUGUUUCGAAGGGGACGAAGAGCCCUUAUUUGCCGUUUGGCGCGGGGAGACAUCGUUGUAUUGGGGAGAAGUUUGCGUAUUUGAAUCUUGAUGUUAUUGUUGCGACGCUGGUGAAGGAGUUUCGGUUUUAUAAUCCCGAGGAUAGGGAGGGUGUUCCGGAGACGGAUUAUUCGUCCCUGUUCUCGCGGCCAAUGCAGCCUGCGACUGUGCGGUGGGAGCGUCGUGGAGUGUAA